AUGUUAUUUGACUAUAUCUACAAGCAGAGCUGCCGCACGAACAAAGUGCUUGAUUUCCACCUGCCGCACCAGUUACUGGAAAUGAUGGAUCACUGUCUGCACGUGGAUUCUGAACCACGAGACUUGGAACAAAUUCUGAGCGACUGUAAAGAAACCUUACGAUAUUGCGUCAGAACAGGACAUCCACGAUUCCUGAACCAACUCUCUUCCGGUCUUGAUAUCAUCGGCUUAGCUGGUGAAUGGCUGAUUGCUACAGUUAAUACUAACAUGUUCACCUAUGAAGUUGCUCCGGUGUUUACCAUAAUGGAAUCAGAAGUGUUGGAACGAAUGCGAAAUAUCAUCGGCUGGGAAAAUGGAGACGGAAUAUUUUCUCCAGGUGGCGCCAUAUCCAAUUUAUACGGAGUUCUCACAGCACGUCAUUACGCAUGUCCAGAUAUAAAAGAGAAAGGUUUACUCGGAAUGAAGCAAAUAGUCCUCUUUGCAUCAGAACAGGUUUGUAGAGAUUUUAUUUCUUUCUUAAUUGUUAUAUAA